AUGGACAGCACCGCGCUCGAGGGCCCUGUGCUCGUGUACCUCGUCGGAUGGCCCGGCACCGGCAAACAAACUAUUGGUCACGCCAUGCAGCGGCUAGUCCCGACAUGCCACUUUUUCUCCAACCACCACGUGAUUGACUUGGCCAAAGCGAUCGCGGGACCACGCGGCAGUGCGUCGCCGUCGUACCAGCGCAUUCGUGGCGACGUCCAUGCGAACGCUGUCGACCUGCUCUUGAGCCAACUGCGCGCGACAAAUGCUCCUGCCAUCAUGACUGGUGCCCACGCCGGCGGAGCAGGCGACGUCGGCGUCUUUGGCAACGUUUACGCGGCGGCGACGCACGCGGGCAUCCCCGUCGUCGGUGUGUUGCUGCGGUGUUCGCUGGAAGAAAACAAACGCCGCGUCGCGACCGACGAACGCCAAGGCCGAAAGCUGACCAACCCCGACGACCUCGACACGAUUUACGCGACGAAAACGCUCUUCGACGCAGUGCCCCAUCCGAUCGACUUGGACGUGACACAAAUGAGCCCGGACGAAGCGGCGCACUGCAUCUGGACGCAUGUGCGCCACGUACGCAACAACUUGCCAUGA